UCGAGGGUCGCUGAGUUUCUGUAGUGUUUUUGAUACACAGCGCCUCUUCGUGGUCAAAAUGGUCCCCAAACUGUCAUAAUAUAAUAAUAAAUACUGAAAGUUUAUUAUCAACCUGCCAUAAUGUGAGACGGGCGGCGGUUAAAGACGUCGUGUGCAGGUACGUGUUUUCUGUUAGCUCCACAUAUUAAGGCUCCGGGCCUAGUUUGGAGUUAGCCGCCGAUAAUGUGAUGCUGGCAGCAGAGACGGGUAUCGUUAGCUGCUUAGCUAGCUGACAGCAGCAACAUGGACUAACUGCGCAGAGGAGGAAAACGCCAAAUCACUUUCUUAUUUUAGAGUCCAUGCUAGCUGGCCGAGCAGUUGCGGCGGUCUACGCUUUAAUAACUGCGGCAAAACCGAUGACUUCCGUGGCGGCGACGACCUCCUCCGAGCUCCGGGGGCUGCACGGCUCAGCCAGCCAGGAUGCACGCUCCGGGAGCCCGUGGCGGAGGCUGCAGAGGCUGGUCGCAGUUCCGGGACACGUCCCGAGAAGAGUGAACGACCUGCUGCUGCUGCGGCCCGACACAGACGAUCAGAGCGAGCCGGAGGAGAAGGAGGGGAGUAGUAACAGGCAUGUGGUGUUCUUCCACGGAGAUAUUCAGAACUUCCAGGAGGAGAUGGCUCUGCAGCCUGAAGGAGCUCAGUGGUUGUCCUGGAGUCUGGAGCAGGUCGCCGUCACUCUGGGCCGACGUUUCCCCAACAGAUAUAUCUGGGUGGUCAGAGCCUCCCGCAUGUAUCUGCACAAGUUCAGCUGCUACCACAACUUUGUAGAGAGCAACAUGUUUGGGGCGCCGGAGCAUUUUCCGUACUCUGCUGACUUUGGAGCGUUUCGACACCUCAGGGCCCUGCUGAGCCACGGCAUGGAGCGAGCCCACCUACCAAACCCCCUCCAGCCAGAAGGAGGUGCUGACAGCAUCCCCUCAGGGUUCUCCCUGACUCUAGUGGGCUUCAGCAAAGGCUGUGUGGUUCUGAAUCAGAUGGUGUAUGAGCUGGCCGGGGCCCGCGCAGACCCACAGAUGUCACCCUUCGUCAAACACAUCACAGACAUGUUCUGGCUGGACGGGGGGCACCCAGGGGGCAGCGAGACCUGGGUGACGGACAAGCAGGUGCUUAAAGAGCUUGCUGUCAGUGGAGUGUCGAUCCACGCCCACGUCACCCCUUACGAGGUGUGCGACCCGAUGCGGGCCUGGGUGGGCCGCGAACACGGACACUUCAUCAAGACUCUGGAGGAGUUCGGGGCCUGUCCCAGUAAGAAGCUGCACUUUGAGGACGAGCCCCCCUCCAUUGAGAACCACUUCAGGGUCAUCCAGGAGUUUUAAGUCCGCUUUAAAACAGCUAAAGCACACACGUGUGAACGCUGAGCUGAUGGUCUGUAGCGCUGUACUUUACUGAUAGAAUGCAGGUUGUGUGUCUUACUCGUUGGUCUUACCUCAAUUUUCGUGUGAUUUAAGGGCUUGGAGUUUAGAGCAGGUGACAGAUGCUGGUGUUGUGUUCAUUCUUUGUACUGCUAAAUGCACUUAACCUGAGCUGAUCCUCCCCCUGCCCCCCGAGCAGGAAUAUGCAGGUAUAAAAAGUGGAUAAUGGAUAGUUGUGCCAUCCAGUGUCUUCCUUUAAAGACCCUGUAGGCUAAAUGUCAUUUUCAAUUCAACACUGGCUCAGUUUGUGCUCCUGCAGAGCGGUUGAUUUUAAAAAAACAUUAACAAGUCAUGUUGUUUUCAGGUUGAUUUAGUUUGAGGGAAUAACUGUAACUUAAGUCAUAUUAAUCAUUAGUGUAACAUUGCUACUUAAAUUAAUUUCUGCUGCUUUUAAACAGAGCUUCAUGUAUGUUUGGCUGAAGCAGAGCACCUCAUUACAUUCUCUUUAUACCUGCACUAAUGGUUGACGCCUGAAUGUCUGAACGUCUGAACGUGACUCUGCAGUGUCAUGUUCAGACUUCACCAGUUGGUCUCCUAGUUGAUUGUAUUUAAACUGUGGCCAAUUUAUUAAGCACAGUGAGUUAACAGAUGAUUCUGUUUCAUUCCUUCAGUCUGAUCCUAAUGGUGGAUCAUCCACCAGUAAUUUAUCAGAUCAUUUCUGUUUAAGUGUAUCUUAAGUUAUUGCAAGAGGAAACCAAAACAUGAAAGUUGUAUUUUUGUAGCAUUUAGUUUUUUGUUACUGCCACCAUGAGAAAGACAGAAAUUUGCUCCUUUGUUCAUCAUGACAGUGAACACACUGUGACCUCCAGUUCCAUUAAGUAGGCAUUCUGGAGCUUUCUGAUUACACUAAAUCUUAAUCAGCAAAUGAAGCUGAGUUGAUCUGUUUGUAAAGACCAUGUGACCCAUACCAGCUGCUGUUUUCAAGUUGAAGAAUAGACUUUCAAACUGAGCUUCAUUAUAACGGGAUUUUAAAAAGUUCUGUUAACUUUUUCUCACAACAUACUUUCAUUUUUUUCUGAGUUCACCAAUAGGCAUGUACACACGUGGACAAAAUUGUUGGUACCCCUCAGUUAAAGAAGGAAAAACCCACAAUUCUCACUGAAAUCACUUGAAACUCACAAAAGUAACAAUAAAUAAAAAUUUAUUGAAAAUUAAAUAAUCAAAAUCAGCCAUCACUUUUGAAUUGUUGAUUAACAUAAUUAUUUAAAAAAACAAACUAAUGAAACAGGCCUGGACAAAAAUGAUGGUACCCAUAACUUAAUAUUUUGUUGCACAACCUUUUGAGGCAAUCACUGCAAUUAAACGAUUUCUGUAUUUGUCAAUGAGCGUUCUGCAGCUGUCAACAGGUAUUUUGACCCACUCCUCAUGAGCAAACAGCUCCAGUUGUCUCAGGUUUGAUGGGUGUCUUCUCCAAAUGGCAUGUUUCAGCUCCUUCCACAUAUGUUCAAUGGGAUUCAGAUCUGGGCUCAUAGAAGGCCACUUUAGAAUAGUCCAACGCUUUUCUCUCAGCCAUUCUUGGGUGUUUUUGGCUGUGUGUUUUGGAUCGUUGUCCUGUUGGAAGACCCAUGACCUGCGACUGAGACCAAGCUUUCUGACACUAGGCAGCACAUUUCUCUCCAGAAUGCCUUGAUAGUCUUCAGAUUUCAUCGUACCUUGCACACUUUCAAGACACCCUGUGCCAGAUGCAGCAAAGCAGCCCCAAAACAUUACUGAGCCUCCUCCAUGUUUCACCGUAGGGACAGUGUUCUUUUCUUCGUAUGCUUGCUUUUUGAGUCUAUGAACAUAGAGUUGAUGUGCCUUACCAAAAAGCUCCAGUUUGGUCUCAUCUGUCCAAAGGACAUUCUCCCAGAAGCUUUGUGGCUUGUCAACAUGCAUUUUUGCAAAUUCCAGUCUCGCUUUUUUAUGAGUUUUUUUCAGCAGUGGUGUCCUCCUUGGUCGUCUCCCAUGAAGUCCACUUUGGCUCAAACAACGACGAAUGGUGCCAUCUGACACUGAUGUACCUUGGCCUUGGAGUUCACCUUUAAUUUCUUUGGAGGUUGCUCUGGGCUCUUUGGAUACAAUUCCAACGAUCCGUCUCUUCAAUUUGUCAUCAAUUUUCCUCUUGCGGCCACGUCCAGGGAGGUUGGCUACUGUCUCGUGGGUCUUGAACUUCUGAAUAAUAUGAGCCACUGUUGUCACAGGAACUUCAAGCUGUUUAGAGAUGGUCUUAUAGCCUUUACCUUUAAGAUGUUUGUCUAUAAUUCUUUUUUCGGAUGUCCUGGGACAAUUCUCUCCUUCGCUUUCUGUUGUCCAUGUUCAGUGUGGUACACACCUUUUCACCAAACAGCAGGGUGACUACUUGUCUCCCUUUAAAUAGGCAGACUGACUGAUUAUGAGUUUGGAAACACCUGUGAUGUCAAUUAAAUGACACACCUGAGUUAAUCAUGUCACUCUGGUCAAAUAGUUUUCAAUCUUUUAUAGAGGUACCAUCAUUUUUGUCCAGGCCUGUUUCAUUAGUUUGUUUUUUUAAAUAAUUAUGUUAAUCAACAAUUCAAAAGUAAUGGCUGUUUUUGAUUAUUUAAUUUUCAAUAAAUUUUUAUUUAUUGUUACUUUUGUGAGUUUCAAGUGAUUUCAGUGAGAAUUGUGGGUUUUUCCUUCUUUAACUGAGGGGUACCAACAAUUUUGUCCACGUGUGUACAUCUUGGAUUUUUGCAUUUAUUUGAUGUUUUUCAACUCUUUGUCUGAUUGCUUAUACAUGCACGCAUAUAUAUAUAUAUAUAUAUAUAUAUUUUUUUUUUUUUUUGCAGCAGAAAACAUCUUGUCGUGGAAUUAACAGAUUAUUAUGCUCCUGCUGUGACAAAAGACAAUGGGUUUGAAAACUACAAAUUCAUUGCACAAAAUAAGAAAACUGCUUCAAAAUAGCACAUAUAGUGGUCACUUUUAUGAAACGGUAAACUCUUAGCCUGACAGGCAUCAUUUGCCCAUAACCUUUAUUAGCCCAUACUCCUGAUGAUAACAUCAUUGUGCAUCCCUUUAUUCCAGAUUAUUUAUGAAUCUAAAAUAUUACAAGUACUUUUUUUUGUAAAAUUAAAUAAGUUGUAUCAACACACAGGUACAAUACUGUUCAAACGUUUGGGGUCACUUAGAAAUGUUCUUUUUUUGAAAGAAAAGCAUUUUUUUCGAUGAAGAUGACAUUAAAUGAAUCAGAAAUACAGUCUCAACAUUGUUAAUGUGAUAAAUGAUUAUUCUAGCUAGAAGCAGUUGAUUUCUAGUGGAAUAUCUCCAUAGAGGUACAGAGGAACAUUUCCAGCAACCAUCACUCCUGUGUUCUAAUGCUACAUUGUGUUAGCUAAUCAUGUUGAAAGGCUAACUGAUGAUUAGAAACUCUUGUGCAAUUAUGUUAGCACAUGAAUGAAAGUGUGUGUUCAUAGAAAAUAUGAAAUUAUCUGGGUGACCCCACACUUUAGAACGGUAGUGUGUAUGUUCAUUUUCUCCUGGUGGCAGACAUGUUAUAUGUACUGUGUUUUUUAUAGCUGCUGUAGGUAAAUAUACAUGCUAGUAUUGUGUGGGUAAAUCCUUGUUCAGAUCAAACUGCUGACGGCCUGUCAGCUGGCAGCAUGCUUAUUAAUAAUCUGUAUGACCUUUGUGUAACCUUAAAUAGCAUCUUUGCACUACGCUAAAGGCUGCAAGUCGUUUUGCUGAAUGUAACUUCAAAAGCAUUCCAUUAUGUUUACUACUCGCUGUAUGCCGUGCUGUUUAAAAGCAGGACUUCUAUUAAUGUUUGCUCAACAGCUGAGCUAGUGCACAGACAGCAUAAUGUGCACGCUUUUAAAUGAUUUGUCUGCUUUCUGGUACACACUGACACCCUGCUACUUUGGCCUAUUUCCAGUCAACCAGUGAUGCAGGAUGGAACUCUGAGCUCUUUAGAAUCAGCAGGUGGCAGCAGUGUGGAAAAAUGAAAAUACAGGGAACUGAAACAGACAAAGACGACAUGAGAAAUAGUCCAUCACAUAUUUUCUACAAUCUUUAAUGAGCUUUUUCAGUUUGCUUUGUGAUGCCUAUGUAUUAGCCUGCAGCUGAUCAGAAUACAAACGGAUUAUGUCUUUUUUUUGUUUUUUUUUUAGUAAUUUCAAAUGCAAUCAGAAUGCUCAUACAUUAAAAAAAAAACAAUAUAAAAUGCAAAAUAAACAUACAUCUCUUCAACAUUUA